AGUGCGGCUCCCAACGUCGUCGUGGUAACAAUAGCGCGCUCCUCUAUCCAAGCCCCGUGUGGCCAAUUCCGUUCGUCAUAUUUCCUCGCUCAUUAAAAAACAGAGCUCUAUCCUGCUACCCGAAGGUGAUCUCCUGGAGAUACAUCCAUUUUCAGUGUUCUCUGAAUCUGAAGAGCCUUGUACCAUUUUUAACCGCGAAUUCUCUUCAUUUGAUCUAAAUCCUCGCUAAAGUUUUCAACCAAAACCCACUUCACCUGUCGACCGGCGGCCAUGUUGGCGUCUGUUCUUUUCGUUAUGUUGACGGUGGCUGACGGACAACCGCAGCAUAGUCUCGGGAGGAUGUGGCUGCUCGGUGUCGGCCGUUACCAGCCUCAGCUAAGCUUCAUGUAUCUACCACCACCGCAGGAGGACCUGGAGCUCAGAGAGGCGUUUAAGAGGCACGAAGUUAUUCCGGAUGUGAUUGACGAGGCGCCCAGGAGCAGACUCACGGUGGAAUAUUGUACGGGAGUUUCGGCCCAGCUGGGAAAUCAGGUGACCCCGGCAGAAAUCAGGUGUCAGCCUCACGUCACCUGGCCGGCCGAGCCGGGAAGUCUCUAUACGCUGGCCAUGACGGACCCGGAUGUGCCGAAUAGAAAUAACCGAUCUGAGGGUGAGGUACGCCAUUGGUUGGUGGUAAACAUUCCGACCAAUCAGGUGAAGGCAGGUGACGUCAUCAGCGACUACAUCGGCUCCGGAGCGCCCGAAGGUUCCGGUGUGCACCGCUACAUCUUCCUGCUGUACCGCCAGCCGGGCCUGAUCUCGGCCGACCCAGAGCUCCGCCAAACCUUCCGUCAGGCCCGAGGGCGCUUUGGGUGGAAGGUCAGCCAGUUUGCACGUGAGAAUGGUCUCGGUAGACCGGUGGCCGGUAAUUUCUUCAGGGCCGAGUUUGACGACUACGUGCCUGUGCUUUAUGCCCAGCUUAAUGACUUUCCUUGAUUCCUUGAUGUUUUAUGACACUUUCGCACAUGUUUUCUUAUGCUCGAGAGUGUUGAUCGCCAGGGACACUCGAGUCACUGUAUCAAUGUGAGUUUAUGUUCUUGUUCUUGUGAGUCCACCUUUCUUUACACAUCCCUCAAGCUGCAUGUAGUUUCGCAGCAUACACCCACCUACUUUUGAUGGUAUCUAUCGUGUUCCACCCGGGUGUUCGUGUUUUACCAGUUUCCCGUACUAACUCACUUUUCGUGUUAUCUGGAUGAUGGUAGAGCAUUAUUUUUAGAUUAGUGUUUAUACUUGUUUAGAAUUUGAUUCCGAUCCAUCAUCACAAAAAUGAAAAUAAAACAAGUUAAACAAAGUGACUAGGAGGUGAUAUAUGUUGGUACUAGGCAGAAACUAAGCUGUACGUUUCUUUUUUGCAUUAUUGUCAACUGUGUUUUAUUGUUUGCGUUACAAAAAGCAAAUGUUCUAAAAAUAUAACGGCAUGAUUCACGGUAAAAUUUCCACAAAAAGUUGGAGCAAUGUGUCGUUUCCGUGCUUAUUACGCCAUAAGCAGAACGUACAUACAUACAACUAGGAAGCCAUGCCUAGUUGAGAAAUAAAUGAAACUUAUACAAUCAAAGGUGCUUUUGAAAGAUAGUGAUGUAUGGCCGAGAUCACGUAGGUGGUCCCCUGAAAACUUAAGUUGCAUUCUCGUUGCGGUUUUUAUUGUUUGGUCCAUGCGUUUCACAUCAUACUCUGCCGGUGCUGCUUUGCAAUA